AUGGGAAGAGGCAAGGUGGAGCUGAAGAGAAUUGAAAACAAGAUAAAUCGGCAAGUUACCUUUGCCAAAAGAAGGAAUGGACUCCUCAAGAAGGCCUAUGAGCUCUCUGUUCUAUGUGAUGCUGAAGUUGCUCUUAUCAUCUUCUCCAGUCGUGGCAAACUCUAUGAAUUCUGCAGCACCUCCAGUAUGAAUAAGACGCUGGGGAGAUAUCAUAGAUGCAGUUAUGGGGCACUUGAGACCGGGCAAACUGAAAAAGAUACACAGAGUAGCUACCAGGAGUAUAUAAAGCUUAAAGCAAAGGUUGAGGCCCUGCAACAAUCUCAAAGGCAUCUCCUUGGAGAAGAACUGGGACAGUUGGGCACAAAGGAGCUUGAGGAGCUGGAGAGGCAACUUGAUUCAACCUUGAGGCAAGUCAGGUCCACUAAGACUCAGUAUAUGCUUGACCAACUUUCAGAUCUUCAACAAAAGGAGCAAGAACUAGUUGAAAUCAAUAAAGCUUUAAGAAACAAGCUGGAAGAGAAUGAUGUAAGAAUUCAAUCGCAAUGGGAAGCUGCAGAACGCAACAAUGUUGCAUAUAGAAGCCAUCCAGCUGAACACCCUGAUCAUGGAGUUUUCGAGUCUCUGGAAUGCAACAAUACAAUGCACAUGGGCUACAAUUCAGCAAUGAAUGAUCAUCAAAUGGCUUCUGCAACACCGACACAGAAUGCCAGUGGAGUCAUUCCAGGGUGGAUGCUUUGAUCAUAAAUUCGAGUCGGUCAAUUGAAGAAUUGAGCUCGAGCUAAGAAGGUCCGCAUAUAAUCUUUAACCAUUUUCUGAUGGUGCAUAUGUUACUAUUUCAAUUUAAGAAAUUAAGAGCCAAUAAACAAAUAUUACUCUACUAAUAUAUUACAAAGCUGCUACUGUCG